GCUAUAUUGAAAUGCUGCAUAAUAAUGAUAAAAAUUCGAAAGACAUGGUGUAAAUCUUUCAAUGGGAUAUUCUUAAAAGUAUAUUUUAACUUAGCUGGACAUGUCCGUUUUGUCCAGGAAAACAUACGUUUGGGUAAGGAAAGAACAUAAGUUGUGGUUGAAGUAGGGGGUAAAACAGCAAAUUGCAAAGCAAAAUGGCUGCGUGCAGGACCGUGACGUCGGUGGCCUGGACGACAAAAUAAUGACUUGAGCCCUUUAUUCUCCUCCAAUUUAUUCAGUUUAACGAGGGUCAUUAGCGUGAGAACCCAGUAUGAUAAAGCCACAGCUGGUCCACAGCGACUCUGAACAGAGUUCAAACUCUGACCAAGAGGAGCUCCAGGGCCCGUCCACCACCGGCCGUAGGACCACCCGGUACACGGGAACGCGGAAGGGUCGGGAAGACGACGCAAAGAGUCCCGAGACGCUGAUUACAGACUACCCCAUCAAGCCCGACAUUACCAUCCAGUGCGAACAGUGCAGGAACUUCAUGGAUAUUCGGGACUUCAGCGAGCACAGGACAUUCCAUAAGGCGUUGAAGAUGUACGGAUAUCAAGGGGACGCCGACCCAAAUAGCCUGGAAGAGCUGAUCGAAAGGAGAAAAAGACUGCUAAAGAGGCUGACGUCUGAGGCUACUCCGGAGAAACCCAUCUCACAGGACAAGUUACGUAAAAUCAACGAUGCGUACGAACUGCUGAAAUCGGACUUGGAGGGUACGUUUGAAGUCUUCCGCCAAAUCCGUGAAGACAUCCAGGUCGACAUAGAGGGCAUCGCACUCAACUGUAGUGCUCUGUGUGCAAGGGCUGUUGGGAUAUGUGCAGACGCAAAUCCCAGAUGGCGCACAUCGAUGGAAGACUUUGGCGUUUUUCAGAACCACUUUGGCGAAGAUCCGAACAAGACAUUUUUCGCUCUCUAUGAUGGACACCACGGACCGUUUGCAGCAGAGGUUGCCUCUGAUGAACUACACCGAUAUCUCAUAGAGGAGGUGGCCAAGUUUGAUCCGGAUGUCGUCUACGAUCGCCCAGAGGACCUGCAACACCCCGAAGACUACUUGAACUUGACAGAAAAAGAUGAGCCAGCAGUGACAUAUCGUAGCGUCAACCAAGAUGGCGAAACAGCUCGGUCUACAAAAACAGGUGAACAGGCCACGGUACCCAGUGAUCCGUACACGGAGGACGUAGCGACAGCGUUCAGACGGGCACACCAGCAGACGGACUGGGUCCUGACUCGAGGGAGAGACGAGCAGUCCCGCGUACGGUGGAGUGGGUGUUCCACGCUCACGUGCCUCGUACAGAGCACCAACAUGGAGGAGGUGUCAGACGAUGAAACGGACGAGGUGAAGACGACCAGAACAAAUCCUUCAUCUGUGGAAAAGGACCUGCCACAGGAGAAAGGGGUCCUCUAUGUUGCUAAUGCAGGAAACACCCACGCUGUGUUGUGCCGCGAUGGAAAAACCUAUCGCAUCACCAAAGACCACACCACGUCCAACCCUCACGAGCGCAGCCGCGUCGUACGCACCGGGGGCACCAUCACCGGCAGCAAGAAACACGGACGCAUCUUCGGCACCAUGGCAACGACCAGGGGGCUUGGUAACCAUGGCGAUAUAAACAUAAAAAAAUGUGUGCUGAACGAGCCAUUCACGACAUGCGUCUCUAUAGACCAGUACGCGCAGUUCCUGAUUCUUGCGUCUAACGGAGUUUGGGAGGUUCUCUCUGACAAGGAGGCAGUUUCCCUACUCCUACAGAUGGUGCCCGGUCAGGAGAUCCCGCCCCCGAGCGACCAGCCCCCCAUCUCCAUACACGGCGGCAGUCGCUGGAACGGGCAGAGUUCUUUUGCUGGGAGCAACAGGCCGAUGAUAGGAGACAACCAUGCUCUGAACAGGGGAGGGGGGAAGACCGAACGAUCACAGAAAGGCAAAGCGAGGGCACAGACUGCACUGUCAGUCAAACUACACACACCACGGGACGUCGAGAAGACAGCAGAGAGAGAAAAUGAGGGAAAGAGAGAUGAGAAAAAGGAUGAAAAGAAGGAGAGCGCAAAACUAGAGGAAAAACUGGAUAUUGUGAGUAAAUCUCUCGAGCAAGGACAGGAUCAGGAAAAAUUUGAUGACGAAGAAGUAGAAGUCGGUAGUGUCAUAUCUGAAAACAUUAAGAUUCUCGAAGCUGAUUUUGGUGACCAGAAGUCAGAAGCGGACUCCCAGAAACCUGUCCAACACAACUACCCAGCCAUCUACACCCAGUCAGAGCUGACCAGUAUGCCCACUAAGAGGGAGUUGUACUGUAACCUGGCUAAACUCAUGGCUGAGAGACUGGUGCAGAGCGCCCUACUGGCAGGGUCCAGGGACAAUAUCACUGUCAUGGUCGUGCUACUACCUGGCUGCAAGAUUUGAACUACAAGAACUUCUAUUGAACUUUGGCUGGGUAAAAAUGUUGCACUGAGAUGCUUGUACAGUGUACUAUAACAUGAUAGUUAUAAAUGCACAAUGAGUAUUAGAAAUUCCCACCCUGACAUACAAAUUAUGCAAGAACAUUAACAAUAUAAUUACAGGUACUUUUGAAAGAUAGACAUUAACUACUUACAUUUUUGUUAACAAGAUAACUUUCUGAAUAAAGUUGAACUGUACUUUC